UGGUGAUGGAAAGUGCCAAGUGUCAUCGACAAAAAUAAACACAAAGACUUAGCUCGCGGAAAAGGUGGAAAAUCUCAGAGAAAAUCAGUGAAACACCACGUGAAGAGUGCGCCUAUUUAGCAAGAUGUACAGGAGAACGAUGACUGUGGUGUACAAACCACUGAAAAACAAUUAUAUCAUCUUGCCGGAGAACUAUUUUCGCCUUGUUUCUACUUAUGAGCACGGAUGUCUCAACAUAACCUUCAACUAUGGUGAGACUUGCUACAUGUCCUGGGCCUCUUAUCCGGGCACGAAUCUACAUGACACGGAAGUGGGGCUCAACACUGCCACUGCCCAGGUGUUGGGCAUCAAGGAGGGGGCGAUAGUGAAGUGUAGUCUCGUGAUGGAGGCGAAAUAUGCGGCUCAAGUGUUUGUGACGCCCUUUUCUCAGAUUGACUGGGAAAUGACUCAGCUCAGUGCUUCCCGGAUUCAGUCAACAAUGCUGGAUCAGACGAAAAUUGUCGGGGUGCAGCAGAAGAUUGUGGUGUGGCUGAAUAAGAGCAUUUCUGUGGUUUUGACAGUGGACAAAUUGGAGCCAAUGAUGGAGUUUGGGCGCAUUGAGAAUGACACGGAAUUGAUUGUGGCGCCUUUUGAGGUGCAAAAACCACCUCUUCCGACCAAGAAAGCCAAUAGAACGUCUCUACACAUACCACAGGAGGAGAUUGAAGAUCAAUUCCCAGCAAUUUUGCCCAAGAGAGACUUUGACAGUGCGCCAAGAUCGGCUCCACUCUCGAGGAGUUCCACCGUUUCCAGUGUCUCGAGUUUCUCCAGCACAAAUAGAAUGGAGAUCAAGAUUGAUUGUAUGCAAGAACUCCAUCGGGAACUCCUUUUGGAGGCGACGACAAGUGUGGAGUUUCGUGUAAUACCAAAAGAGUGGAAAGACAGUCAUCAAAUCAAUGAAAUUUUCACCACCAAAGUAAAUUUACCGGCAAAUUUUGAUCUUAGUCGCGUUUACUUGGCCAGAACUGUUGACAAUCGUGAGGCUUAUGUGGCAGUGAAGAUUCUCUCUGAAGAUGAGAACUUUCCUAGCAAUAUCUAUCCGUCUGUGGAGGUUUAUGAACCCUUCAUGCGCUCACUGGGCGUGAAACCGUUCGAGAGAAUUGAGCUGAGGGCCAAAAAUACUGUUUUGAAUUUCAUAGAACGCAUAGAUUUGCUGCCCAGUCGAAAAGUGAACUUCCAAGAGGUGAAGAAUAUCGAACAGGACUUUAAGCGUUUCAUACUAGAUAGCACAAAAAUCCUUCCGAUUGUUCUGAAUCAGGAGCAAACGGUGAAGAUAGGAGAAAAUUGCUUAAUAACAGUGAAAUUGAUUCCGGAAACCUUCAGAUAUUGUCUUCUCGAUGCGGACAUUGUGCGAGAAUCGAAGAUCUUUGUCAGUGAUGAGGUGAGAUUCAUCAAGGAUGGCAAGGAGGACAAACAGAAACCGAAGAGAGCAGCUUUUGUCAGAGUUCCACCUUUUGUGGACAUCAUUGAAGAGUGUGUGGAGAACUUCAAGAUGAAUCUCUGUCUCGAUGGGCGACAGAGGAAGCCCUUGUCGGAGAAUAUUCUGCUGAUUGGCAAGGCGAGUUGUGGAAAGAGCAGGAUUUGCGAGGAGAUCUUGGAAGAGCUGUCGAAGGCGCCUUUUCACUGCUACUAUGACAUCUUCUUUUGCGCUCGCAACAAAGGCCGGAAACCAGAAUCCAUUCAUCGCGAUUUGCGCCUCAUCUUCAGCACUUGCUUGACGCACAGCCCGUCAAUUCUCCUCCUGGACAAUCUUGAUGUGCUGACGAGGAAUGUUGGGGAUCAGCAUACGCAAGACUCUGAGUAUUAUGCCAAGGUUUCCGACAUCAUUCAGAGCUUGAUUUUGGAAUUCACCACGUCUUCGCCGAUCUCUGUCAUUGCCACUGUGGCCAGUGUGAAGAAUCUGUGCGGGAGGAUCUAUACGACGCGAGGAAGGCAUCUCUUCCAGCGUCUGGUGAAGAUUCCCGACCUCGAAGGCACUUGCAGGGAAUUUAUUCUGCGUGAAGUGGCGACCAAGAGUGGUGUGCGCGGGAAGGUGAAUUGGGAGAAGUUUGCCAGUCUGACGGAAGGCUAUAAAUUUGGGGAUUUAAUGCAAUUCAUUGAGCGUGCCAUCUUCAAUAGUGUGAAGGAGAAUCCAAAGAGGCCACAAUUUACUGAGGAAAGUCUCAGGGAAACACUAAAGAUUACUAGCAAUUUCUGUCUGGAGGGCAUUGAGAGUCACGGCAAGAGUGAGGAGGCCGAUGAAGAGGUCUCCGAUAUGAUUCCUGGCCUGGCGAAGGCGACAGAGGUGCUGGAAGAAGUUCUGCUCUGGCCAUCGAAGUAUGCUAGCAUUUUCGCAGAGUCUCCGCUGAGGAAUCAAGCUGGAGUGCUUCUGUUUGGGCCUCCGGGUGUGGGGAAGACCUUCCUGAUGGCGCAAAUUGCUCGUGCCUGGCAUCUGCGGAUGAUCUCGGUGAAGGGGCCGGAGUUGCUGGCGAAGUACAUUGGCCAGAGUGAGGAGAAUGUGCGUCAACUGUUCGAUCGCGCCAGAAGUGCGCGUCCUUGUGUUCUCUUCUUCGACGAAUUCGACAGUCUGGCGCCUCGGCGUGGUCACGAUUCCACAGGAGUCACUGAUCGUGUUGUGAAUCAGCUCCUGACCGAGCUGGAUGGCGUGGAGUCUCUGCAAGGAGUCACAGUCAUUGGUGCAACUUCACGGCCGGAGCUUCUGGAUCCCGCUCUUCUGCGCUCUGGUCGCAUUGACAGGCUCGUGGAAUGUCCUCUGCCAGAUGCUGAGGCACGCAAGGAGAUCUUCGAGAAGCUUUCGAGGAAUCUGACACUGGGAAAGGAUGUGGAAUGGAGGAAAUUUGCGGAGAAGACGGUCAACUUUACAGGGGCGGAUAUUCACAGUGUUCUCACUUCGGCCACGAUGAUUGCCGUGAAGGAGGCUCUGGCGGACUGUGAGGAGGUUCCGGACAGUGUUCUCCUCGGGCAAGGACAUCUCCUCGAGGCUCUGUCCACCACGAGACCUUCGCUGAGUUCGCAGGACAUUGCGAGGUACAAGAGUGUCUAUGCGAAGUUCACAAACAAGGAUCGUCAGGGGGUGAAUAGGGAUUUCGUGGCCAAGAGGGCGACUUUGGCUUGAUUGUGUGCAGUUUAAUAUUGUGGUUUCUGUGUUUGAAUUUUCUUUUGGUACUCUGGUUGUUGCUGAAGUCGUCUGGAAGACUGAUUUUACAUUGAUAAAAUAAAAAAAGGGAUAGAAUUGGAAAAUCGUGAUGAAAGCGAGGGAUUUUCACAACAAAUUCCAAUUGAUUUUGUGGCUGAGUGUCAUUGACAAAGAGCGCUAUGGGAAUAUUCAAUCGGCAGUCUUGAGGGACGAGAUAAUAGCGAAGAUACUCUGAAGUGGAGAGAAUGAAGCUCCAAACAUUUGUGAAACUAAUCCCUUUCGAAUGGGUUUUCCUCCCAAGCUUUUUCACACACACACACACACACACACACACACACACACACACACACACAAUCACACGGGGGAGUGGGUGGAAAAGGCUUCUCUCCCUGAUUUGCGCCUGAUUGCGCGAUUGGGGGUGGAGAAAAUAAAAUUCUCACACAAACAUUAGGAAUAAGAUACUCCAAUUGUGAUAUGGAUCCCUUCUAUUAUGGAGUCCUCUUUCAUCGGUGGGCGCUUCUUCUUUUUAUUUAUCACCCAAUAAAAAGGGAUUUCUUUUGCAUUUUUCAACAAUAACGGCAAAAUUUGCACACACCCAGUCUUUCACAUGCUGGCUUUUCCUCCUUUUUUUUCCACGCUCUUCACACUGCUUUAUUCCUUUUUAUGUCUGUCUCCACGACAGAGAAAAUUGAAUUGAGUUUUAUUCCAUCUAUUAUUCAUGUGUUGGUGAUAAGAAGAAAUGUGCGUUUGCUGGAGGAAAAAGGGUUUCUUGGGACGCGCAGGAGGAGGAGGAUA